GUGUUUAUUAAUAUCUUUGUUGCUUGACGUUUAAAAGGCUCCACAAAAGCUGCUGUUAAAACUAACAAACAGCCGAUGUACCGGACUGACAAACGCGGAUUAACGACGAACGUCCAACGGUUUAUCGUCACUUUAUUGCUGGUGCUUCUUUCCGCGUGACUGUCUCAUGGCUGCCCUCUUCAGGUGUGGGCUCUUCAUGGCCCGUCAUCGUGCUCUUUGGCAAGGCAGCAGCACAGGCUGCCUCCCUGCACUGCUGCUAGGAGCUUGUCGCAGCAAGAAGACGUGGCCGGUGAAGUUCUCCCAGGAGGAAUUGAAGAACCGUCUCACACCACAGCAGUACCAAGUAACCCAGCAGAGAGGAACUGAGAGAGCCUUCACGGGCGAGUUCGCCCAUCAUAAUGAAGAGGGCGUGUACACGUGCGUGGUGUGUGGAGCGCCUCUCUUCAGUUCAAACACUAAGUUUGACUCGGGCUCAGGUUGGCCGUCCUUCUUUGACCUCCUGAAGGAAGAGUCAGUCAGCUUGUCGGACGAUUUCUCGGACGGGAUGCACCGAGUGGAGACGACCUGCAGCCAGUGUGGGGCUCAUCUUGGACACUUAUUUGAUGACGGGCCGCGACCCACAGGAAAACGUUACUGUAUUAACUCCGCCUCGCUGGCCUUCCAGCCCAAAGACGCCGAUGCUGCUGCUACUGCCACUACCUCAAAGGGCGAGCUACCAGCAGCUCCGUCAGUGACCGACAGGAUGAACUCUGAAUGAAAUAUAGAAGAAGGAUUAUGAGAUUCCAUCAAAGUGACACGUCUGAAACACUUUGAGAUGCUGUGUUUUGUUUUUUUCUGUUAAAGUUUGUCCCAGAUGUUAACUGGUAUAAAGUCUUUGACCUCAGAGUCUAGAAUAUGGUGCCUUUACUUUCAACAUAGUUUGUGUGCUGCACUCAGUUAAUCAUGCACCUUUAAAAAUGUAUUUCUAGAAUAUCAAAUCAGUAUUUAAACUUUAGCUUUAUAAUAUCAAGUAUGAUGCCCAGUUUCAAAGUUAAUCAUCACUUUUACAGUCAAUUAAGACACAGUAUACUAAAAGUGUGUAGGUCAUGUUGUCCUCAAGAGCUGAGUGUGCAAAGAGGAGAGGAGUGAGGGAAGCCACCAAGGAGAAGGAAUUUAAUGUUGUCUCUUCAGUCCUGCCUUCAUGGCAGAGUGGAACAAAGGCUUUGCUUUUGAUUUGAAGAAAGCUGGAUGAGAUCUGAACUUGUUUCCUGCAUGGCUUUGAGAUUUGAUUAGUAUUUUAGUGUUUCACUCAUUAAGUUGUGACUGGCGCAGCACUGUGUUGUGAGGUUUUUAUAUUGGUUCACUGAUGAUAGAGCAGUUCUGUGCAAAGGAUGUUUAUUUAGAUUUUAUGUCAUUAAAAAUAAUCUAAGGGUCCAACAUUGA